AUGUUUGAUAUGACAAACACCUUGAUUUCGGAUGCCGAAGGAUUCUUUUUGAAAAAUGAAUUCGAGAGAUGGCAGGACCCUCUUGAAAAAAAGAGUGCAAAAGCGAUCUUUAGUAGCAAUUCUCCUGGCCAAAAUCUUUCGAGAGCGAAUCGAAUAAUCAUUCCUUAUGAGAGUGUUAUAGAAGAAAUACAUUCUGAUGUAACAAACAACCAGCUUCCUUCAAUAUCUCGUCACCCUGUGCCUAGCAUUUUCCACAUGUUAAAAGGCGAAGUAAAGCACAACACACUGAAUAACCCGGGCAAUGUGUCUCUCUUACGAAACAUAAAUUUCCUUCCUCUGACUACUUCUCCGGUUGCCUUCUCCAGAGCGACACCAUCUCACCUUUUUACGCACAGUCAGAUGCAUUCUGCAGACCGUCGAAAUCACCGUUAUCAUCUUAAUCCAGCAUCAUCAUCCCUUCAAGAACGUCGAGGACACCAUAAACUGAGUUAUUUUGCCCGUCCUUUGACGUUAAAAGGCGAUUCAUCCGAAAAUCGACAACCCUUUAAGAUAGAGCCAGAAGAAGGGCCAAACUUUGAGAUUAUAUUGAAGCCAGCAGAUCAAGGACAGUCUUCACCUACGACUCAUUGGUCUCAUGGCAGGAUUAAUUAUGAAAAGCCACCGUCAGGACCGUUGCAACAACCAGAUAAAUUGAAUGUCGAUCAAAGCUCGAUUUCAACCAAUUCUAAUCUCUCAAAAUAUGUAUACUCUGGUGAUUCCACAAGUUCUUAUACCCAGUGGCUGAAAGGGAACAAAGGAUUCCCCGGUAUUUCCCCAAAUCCACAUUUGCGAGGAGCUCAUCAACUGCCUUCACCAAACAAAUCAUCGCCCACGAGUUUGACCGCGACGUCGCCCCUGUUCGCACUUCCCUCGUCUUCUGUAGGAGUAACUUACCAAGUCUUCACAAAAACGUUUGUUUCCCCUACUUCUAACGCGCGGCUCCCAGGGCUUAAGGCACCUAUGAAUAGAUAUGUAAAUGAGAUACAUGGAAUUAAUUAUAUAGGAUCUCUCCUGGAUAGUGCUCAGGAGAUCAACCAACACAACAGUUCGAAAUUGGCUUUUGAACCUUCCCGAACCACAAAGCUCGACACACCGAAACGCAGCCUUCAUUCGAAAUCUUUACGCGAAGGGCUCGCUAGCAGUCAUGGAUAUAUAGGAACCCUUGGAAUUUUUGAUAGAUACAAAACGACAAAAGAUCCAACAAUGCAAUUGAGGAGUUCCAGUCGACAUGCUGUUCCUCCCAACAGAUCGAACACGUUAGACUCUCAGAUAUCUGACGAAACCCAAGUUAGUGCCAACCGAUUGGGACCUGGCAUUCCUAAUAAGCAAGGCAUUCCAGCAACGGCGGAUCCUGUCGUUCUCCAAGGCCCUGCUGACAUCAGCGCCGCCGACCUGGCCGCGCUGCUCGGGUUCCUUCCCUCCUCCAUCCAUCAUCAUGCAGCAGGGGACGCAGCAGGUGCUUCGUCAGGAUCCUUGGACUUUGAGAGGACUAAUAUGAUUGACUUUGGGACGACGACCACGGUGCCGCCACAUUUGGUUAUGGAGAUUUUCGAGCACGUGUUCAGCGAGGAGGAAAUGCGCGAGAACGCCCUCGUCCGCCGCCUCCACGACCGCCUCGAGCACCACGUCCACCGCCUCGACGUCAGCGGCAACACGAACAAAUGGGCGGCGCUCCUCUACUUCCUCCUGCCGCUCGUGGUCUUUGCCGCCGCUGCCUCCGUCCUCAUGGGCGUGACCCCAGAGUUGGUGGGUCUCUUAGGGCUUUUCAUCCCGGGUUUCAUCAUCCUCACGAUGACGAGCGUGGGAACAGGGGGCGGGGGAAGCGAACGGAGUCUGUCUCCGGACUUCGUUCGUCGGUUGAACUCGGUCGACAAUAUUUACAGUGACAUGCAAAAGCAUAUAUUGUCUUUUAGAGAAAAGUACGGUUCCAAAGAACUUUAUGACUAA